AUGGAAACUCCAGUUCCGGAAGUGAUUCAGGGUCUCAUUAGUUUCCAUCUUGGUGUCACUUUAUCGUACUCCACAGCGUUGCGCGGAAAGAAUCUUGCGGUUUGUGACAGACGUGGUAGUCCGGAAGAUAGCUACAAGAUGAUGAAUUGCUAUUUGUACGUGUUAGAGCAAGUGAAUCCGGGAACAAAAACCAGUUUGAAAUUGGAUGAGGCAGGUAAAUUCAAGUACCUCUUCAUAGCCUUGGGAGCUUGCAUUGAAGGGUUCGCAGUCAUGAGGAAAGUGAUAAUUGUGGAUGCGACAUGGCUAAACAACAGAUAUGGAGGUGUUCAUGUAUUUGCCAAAGCUCAAGAUCCUAAUAGUCACAAUUAUCCCCUUGCGUUUGCAGUACUAGAUGAAGAGAAUCAUGCUAGCUGGACUUGGUUUUUCGAAAACCUAAAAACUGCUAUAGUAGACUCUUCAGAACUGGUUUUCAUGACUGACAGAAAUCAAAUCAUGAUCUUCGCUAUAGCAAACGUGUAUCCACAGGCUCACCAUGGUCAUUGUUUAUGGCAUUUGAGGGAAAAUGUGAAAGGGCAUGCUUCUAACGUCAACAAAGAUGUAGUCGGGCAUAGAUUCAUGGAGUUGGCCAGAUAUUACACGUUGGCCGACUUCGACUCUGCUUACGAGUCAUUUAAGAGAAAAUAUCCUUCGGCUUGGAAAUAUGUGGAGGAGCACACUGAAAAAGACAAAUGA